AUGGUGAGGGGGUGGUGCCCCCCAACACCAGGGAACACAACGGUGCCCCCCAACAACAGGGAACACAACGGUGCCCCAACACCAGGGAACACAAAGGUGCCCCAACACCAGGGAACACAACGGUGCCCCAACACCAGGGAACACAAAGGUGCCCCAACACCAGGGAACACAAAGGUGCCCCCCAACACCAGGGAACACAAAGGUGCCCCCCAACACCAGGGAACACAACGGUGCCCCAGGGAACACAACAGGGAACACCCCACGGGAACACAACGUGCCCCCCAACACCAGGGAACACAACGGUGCCCCCCAACUCCAGGGAACACAACGGUGCCCCAACACCAGGGAACACAACGGUGCCCCCCAACACCAGGGAACACAACGGUGCCCCAACACCAGGGAACACAAAGGUGCCCCAACACCGGGGAACACAAAGGUGCCCCCCAACACCAGGGAACACAACGGUGCCCCCCAACACCAGGGAACACAAAGGUGCCCCCCAACACCAGGGAACACAACGGUGCCCCCCAACACCAGGGAACACAACGGUGCCCCAACACCGGCUAA